AUGGAGCUGUGUCAGACCGGGUUCUACACCGAGGACUUCAGGACUCAGGAGGUGCCGGCCGGCUUCGACUUUGCAUCUUAUGGCCUUGACAGCAGAGGCCUGCGUCAGGAUGGCGGCCUGCUGCUGCUGCCUCUCAGAUAAAGCCUCAGACAGGCUGGGUGCUCUGCCUUUUCCCUAAUCCUUUCCUCCAGACUUCCUCCUCCAACAGAUUUAGAGUCGCCCUCCCCAUCCCUCCCCAUCCCUCCCCAUCCCUCCAUCACUACUCUGUCACACUCCCUCCGCUGGCGUUUCCUCCUCGCUCUUCCUCCCCCUCCCUGCCGUGUUUCCUCCAUCCAUUGAGCUGUAAAGACCUGGGGGUCCUCACUGCUGAUCUGACACUAAACUAAUGUCUCUGACGUACGGACUCGUCCCAUCGCUUCCUCUCUUAAUGCAGAACAGAACUUUGACUGACCAGUUUAAUAUUGGACAUUUAUACAUCAGAGACGUGUUAAACGUCCUCAUUUCUGGUGCAUUCAGGUGCUAAUGAUGCUGCCACAGAUGCUGAAUGUGAUGAUUUCAUUGCUUUAUCUCUCUCUUUUUUUUUUUUUAACUUAAUCACUUCACAGCUGAACUUGUAGAGUUGCAGCAUUUGUUAGUGGUGUCCGUGAACGCACCACUUAGGCUCCAUCCAACAACAAAAGCAGAAAUCUGCAGCAUCUCCGAGCUGGUUCUGCACAGCACUCAGACUCAGGGCGUGCGAUGGCAGCAGAGGCAGAUUUCUGCAGCCUUACUGGUGCAUUCAAAGACUUCACUAAAAAUUGUUGCAGGAAAAUCAAUCAAACAUCACAUUCAACGUCUCAAGUGUCCAAAUUUCCAAAGUGUCCGAAGAGAUUUAACAAGUCUCGGUCUUUUCUGUUUCGUGCAAAUGUUCAGUCUUUGCAAGUAAAUGAGUAAAAUGUUGUGUUCAGGGUCUGUUCUGGUCUUUCUUGACGCUUGUGUCCUUCAUUCAUCCACUGACUCCAUCCGUCUGUGUCAUGUUGAACCUCCAGACUUCCCUGGUGAAGACCUGUCUUUUCUGUUAGACAGUAAAAUGCCCCCCCAGCAGCAGCAGCAGCAGCAGCAGCAGCAGCAGUACGUGGCAGACAGCAGCUACUCGGAGCCACCGAAAACCUCCCACCCUUAUGACACCAAAGUGAGCUCCAGCGACACCGCCCUCUUCAACCUGGACUCGUACCAGGAGUUCAACUGGUGGAGCUCGUACCCCCACGACGGGCCGACGGUGGACCAGACCCCCGGCUACCAGGAGCCUCUGCAGACGUACCAGAGCCUGGUGCCUCAGAGUGGCCAGUUCAGCCCGGCCGUGGAGGGCAGCCACAGCCCCUUCGUCGCCGGCCCAGCACAGAGUGAGACAGACCAGAGCUACUACGACUCAGAUGGUCAGAGGCAGCCCUCGUCCUUCUGGCCUGAAUACCCCGGCUUCACCACCCCAGCGCCUCACCCGUCCCUGGGCCCCUGCACCUCCAGCCACGGCCCUCAGUCCUCAGAGCAGUACUGCCCCCGUGUGGCCAAGCGAAAAACCGCAGCGUCCCAGAGGCCGGACAGGGAGGGCCAGAUGACGGGGAUGUCGGCUUAUCCAGGGUCUGGUCCCAUCCAGCUGUGGCAGUUUUUACUGGAGCUCCUUCUGGACUCCGCCUGUCGAACCUUCAUCUCCUGGACGGGAGACGGCUGGGAGUUCAAGAUGUCCGACCCCACAGAGGUGGCAAAGCGCUGGGGUCAGUGCAAGAACAAGCCCAAGAUGAACUACGAGAAGCUGAGUCGCGGCCUGCGCUACUACUACCACAAGAACAUCAUCCACAAGACGGCGGGGAAGCGCUACGUCUACCGCUUCGUGUGCGACAUGCAGGGCAUGCUGGGAAAGACGGCGCAGGAGGUCCUGAGCAGCCUCAACGUUUUACCGUCCAGCCCCGACUCGUGGCAGCGUCCCGUCACCGAGCACAGCAGCGAGACGUGGCCUUCGCAGUAAGAAGAGGGCGAGCAGCUCCCUCUGCAGAGUCCUGCAGCCCGGCCUGAGAGGACGGCAGCGUCCUCCCAUCAUGCAUCAGGCUCCAAAGACGGCAGGGGACUCUCACGUCCCUUUUCCACCAAUAAGAACCUGGUGCUAGUUUGGCGCUGGCGCCGGAGCCAGUUAAUUACUCCAGCCUGUUUAAAUAGGACGUAUCCAGAGCAACUGAGUGCUGUUCAUGAACAUGUUGGAGCUCAUUCAUGGUCUUGGCCUUUUUUAAACCCAAGACUCUGAAGUUAAACAGUUAAGAAUUAAGAAGUUGUUGGGUUCGUCUGAAUUUUGUGUGUUGGUUGAAUCCUGUAAUGACUUUUAUCAAUGAAACCAGAAGAAAAUGACGUAUUGCAUCAUGCAGCAUUAAUCAGCCACUACUCGUGUCCAGAGCUCUGAUUGGUUCAGAAAGCUACGUCCCAGCCGAGUGUUAAAGGGUUAACUGGUUCCAACCUGCUGCCUCCAAAGAGGGUUCAUAGCUUUCUCUGUUCCUGUUUUGGUCUGUGACCCCGCCCACUGAGGGCUCUGGCCCCUGUUUAGCCCAGUUUGGAGUAAAAACAAAGAAGCGGAGCUAAGUCAGGCUCUGACUCUGAACCAGCCCUGGAGCCUGUUUGGUGGUAAAAGGUUCUUGGCCUCAGGCCUACGGCCUUAAGGCACCACAGACGGAUACUAUGUGUCGUGUCCAAGAAGGAAGUUGUAAAUAUUGUUUAUAGGAGCCGUGUGUAGAGUUUUGUGCAUUUAUGUUAUAAUUAUUAUUAUAAUUAUUAUUAUUAUUACCACAGAACUCACGUCUACCUCUGACUCACUGUGAAGGUUUUACUGUCGUCUGUAAAUAAACCGUAUAUGAACAUG